GGUACAGGCCGGAGGUUACAACAGGACACUGCCCCCUUCCUGCGCCGCCGGAUCACAACUACAAGAGUCAGCAACAAGACCAACCACGCCGUCCUUUUUUUCCUUUUCCCUCCCCUCACAAUAUCAACCGUCGGCAACUUCACAGCGUCACAGCGCGGGUGCCUUUUUUUUUCUUUCAAUAUUUAUUUUUAUUUUUUUUGUGUUUGUUUUGUUUUUUUCGCCGAACCGGAGCGAAGUGGAUUCCUUUUUAUUUCACCCACGUUCCUCACCCCCCCGUGGAUUAAAUGAUCGCCGCUGACUGGCACGUUGAGGAGCCGCUCGACUGCGCGGAUUAACGUGACGGCAUAUUGGACGUUUGAAGCGCGUAUGACGUACAUUGGACCCCCCCACGUGGUCAUGUAACGUUUAUUCCCUGUGUUGAUAUGUAACAUGUAACGCCCGCCAGUCUGAUAAGUUUGUCGGCAAACAACACUUUCGUCAAAAGGGUUGAAAGGUCACCGGACGCAGUCCCCUCUUUUCCGGUCGUCAACACGCCAUGAGACGCUGAAGUCCUCCUUCCGUCCACGACGCCUUUUAUCUUCUAUUUGCCUCCGCCGCCACAAACCACGGAGCUCGGAGGGGGGGAUGUACGAGAGCGUGGAUAUGGUGGGCAUGAGCCCCAGUUCCCACAGCCCCGGCAGCGGCUCCUUUCUGGGUAUGGACUACUACCACAGAGCACCGGGACUGGAGCCGGAGAAAGGACUUCUUCCCGGCGUGGGAGGACUUCAAAGGCCGUUCGGAGCGUCCCUCCUGACCGCCAGGCACUGGAGCGGAUCUUGUCACUCAAUUGAAACUGAAAGCACGAGUUCUGGAGAAGACUUGCUGGUCACAAGCCCCCCGUCCCCACCGCCUCCACCACGCAUUUACAAGCCCUGCUUUGUAUGUCAGGAUAAAUCCUCUGGUUACCAUUACGGAGUCAGCGCCUGUGAGGGCUGCAAGGGGUUCUUUCGGAGGAGCAUUCAGAAAAACAUGGUAUACACUUGUCAUCGGGACAAAGUUUGCGUGAUAAACAAAGUGACAAGGAACCGCUGCCAGUCCUGUCGGCUGCAGAAAUGCCUGGAUGUGGGAAUGUCCAAGGAAUUGGUUCGGAAUGAUCGGACGAAGAAAAAGAAGGAAGAGAAGAGGCCGGUGGAGGUGGAAGUCUAUGUGUUGUCAGCAGACACGGAGCAGAUGAUUGAGCGAGUACGACGCGCACAUCAGGACACGUUUCCCUCUCUUGGUCAGCUGGGAAAGUACACUACGAGCAACAGCGCCGAGCAUCGUGUCCCUCUUGACGUCAAUCUUUGGGACAAGUUUAGUGAACUGUCCACCAAAUGCAUCAUCAAGACAGUGGAGUUUGCCAAGCACCUGCCCGGCUUCACUACGUUAACCAUUGCUGAUCAGAUCACUCUGCUCAAAGCUGCCUGCCUCGACAUCCUGAUAUUGAGGAUUUGCACACGCUACACACCGGACCAGGACACCAUGACCUUCUCGGAUGGUUUGACUCUGAACCGCACUCAGAUGCACAACGCCGGCUUCGGGCCGCUGACGGACCUGGUGUUCUCCUUUGCCAGCCAGCUGCUCCCACUAGAGAUGGACGACGCAGAAACAGGACUGCUGAGCGCCAUCUGCCUGCUAUGUGGAGAUCGUCAGGAUUUAGAGGACUCGGACAAAGUGGAUGUUCUUCAGGAGCCCCUGUUGGAAGCUUUGAAGAUCUAUGUUCGGAGGAGACGGCCUGACAAGCCCUGUAUGUUUCCGAAGAUCCUGAUGAAGAUUACUGACCUCAGGAGCAUCAGUGUGAAGGGCGCAGAGCGAGUGAUCACGCUGAAAAUGGAGAUACCGGGUUCCAUGCCGCCACUCAUCCAGGAGAUGCUGGAGAACUCUGAGGGACUGGAAGGCCAAGGCGCCGCGGGAGGAAAAGGAAGAGACCGAGUCGCCCGAGAACAGGAAGAGACCGAGCCCCCAAAUUCCCCUAACCUGUCCCCGGUCUCAGUCCUCUCUCCCAGCCGCAGUCCGCCAUCGAGCUCUGGCUCUUACUCCACCUGAAAGUCCACUCCUAAAGUACCUCCACCUUGCACAGCACUGCACCAACCACACAGCAGACGGAGGUAUGUCGCCUGCAUUUCGUCAAUGGAGGUGUGUGGACAGCAUUACUUGGACUGUGUUGAGUUAUGGACUUGGCCUUGAAUUAUGUUCUGGAAUUUGGACAUUGUUGACGUUUAUUUGGUGCAUAUCACUUUUAAAGGGGAACUGCACUUUUUGGGGGGAAUUUUGCCUAUCAUUCACAAUCCCUAUGUAAGACAAGAACACAUUGUGACAGACUCUUUCCGUCCGGGUUCCACUGAACACCAAAGAGGGACAUGACGGCGAGCAGAUUGCGACUUUGCUUUAUUAUUUCAGUAACUCUUCGUCUGUCGGGUCGCUUUUCAGCUCCUCCUCGCUCUGCUUGCUCCGCCGUCUGCUUUUCAGCACCGCUUCGUCUGUCUCUCGUUCUCCGUCGCUCUCGCUCCGCACGUGUUGGUUUCUCUCCUCCUUCUGCUCUCUCGUUUAUUCAGUGAGAGGAGAUUACUGGAUUGUGCCCAGCUGGGCGAUCCACGAACCUGACGUUUAUUCCGGAGCCGAUCCCGGCGCGCCGCUAGUCUGCCGGCCACGCCUCCCCACACACAUGUUUUUCUUUUUGUAUGCAUUCUAAGGCGUAAAAUACGGGAGGUAUGAGGUGGCUAAUAAUGCAGCCAAUAGGAAUGCAAUAUUCCACCUACAAAGCCCUCUAAAAACAUCCAAAAACAUCCAUUCACAUCUCGUGACCUGAAUAUUAACCAAGUAUUAGCGAUAUUGUUAUUAUAAGUGCUAACACAGACAAACUAUUUUUAGCUUGUGCGGCUACUAGGGGUGUAACGGUACGUGUAUUUGUAUUGAACCGUUUCGGUGCUCGGGUUCGGUUCGGUUGGGAGGUGUACCGAACGAGUUUCCACACGGACAUAUUAAGUAGAGUACCGCACGUUGUGUAAACAAUGCACACCGAGGCACAACACACGGCAUGCUAGCAGCUAACGGGCUACGAUAGACUGACCAUACGUCCUCUUUUCACCGGACAUGUCCUCUUUUGCGGAGCUGUCCGGGCGGAGUUUCUUAAAUGCCUCAAAUGUCCGGCAUUUUGAGUUAGGGUUUCGUGUAUUUUCAAUGUACCGUAUUUUUCGGAGUAUAAGUCGCACCGGAGUAUAAGACGCACCUGCCGAAAAUGCAUAAUAAAGAAGGAAAAAAACAUAUAUAAGUCGCACUUGAGUAUAAGUCGCAUUUUUUGGGGAAAUGUAUUUGAUAAAAGCCAACACCAAGAAUAGACAUUUGAAAGGCAAUUUAAAAUAAAUAAAGAAUAGUGAACAACAGGCUGAAUAAGUGUACGUUAUAUGAGGCAUAAAUAACCAACUGAGAACGUGCCUGGUAUGUUAACGUAACAUAUUAUGGUAAGAGUCAUUCAAAUAACUAUAACAUAUAGAACAUGCUAUACGUUUACCAAACAAUCUGUCACUCCUAAUCGCUAAAUCCCAUGAAAUCUUAUACGUCUCGUCUCUUACGUGAAUGAGCUAAAUAAUAUUAUUUGAUAUUUUACGGUAAUGUGUUAAUAAUUUCACACAUAAGUCGCUCCUGAGUACAAGUCGCAUAAACUGCGACUUAUAGUCCAAAAAAAUACGGUACAUAUUUACAAAGUACAUAUUUAAAUAUUACAUGUUAUGACUGGUACUAUAUUAUACUUACAGGUGGUUUUUGGAGCGGUUUAUAGGGCGACAUUGUUAGCCGCCUUCUGCUAGUGUUUAUUUACGAUUUAGAAUGCAUUAAAAAAAGAAAAACAUGUGUUCUGUCUCACAUAAGGAUUGUGAAUGAUAAGCAAAAUUCCAAAAAAGUGCAGUUCCCCUCUAAGCAAAUGUUGUAAAUUUCAUCAAAUGUAUUUUUAUGUUGUUUGGAUGUAUGAACAAAAUAUGAGUAAUUAAUUGGAACCCGUUUUAAGUCGGUCCCCCUUAUGUCGAAAACCCACCUGUGUUGACCAGCCCAAGUCCUGGUCCACCAAGUUCUUAUUCGUCCACAAACAAGGUGGACCACUUUUAUCGACAUCAAGUUUGAGAUCCAAAUUUGUGUUAAAAAUGGCUCCAUUUUAUGUUAGUAUUUUCAACCUCAUCAUUAUCGGUUACAAGUGAGCCAUUUCACCGAAUCGGUGCCAUAUGCUUGCUGUAACUCUCUAAAUAAACUUUAAUUUCUGUCCAUUUUUCAACUGCUAAUCUCUUAAUACUAAUAAUAUAAUGUUGAGCUAGCGACUUCAUUAUUGUACAAGCUUGUUUCUUGGCCAAAGAUGACUCACUUGAGUAACAGGAGGGAGUUUUAAGAAUAGGAUUGACAAACACAUGUAUGGCAUUUAUGCUGACAUUGGUCAUUCAACAAAAUGUAUUUUAAAAACAAGUUACAAAUAUUUUAGGUAACAGGAUUUGUACUGCUACUAAGAUUUUAACAGCUCUCCCUCUUGGUGGAAAAUGAGUGAAUUUACCUUCCUAUGGUCUCGGAAGAAGUGUUUUCAUGCGCUCUCAUCUCAUCAACGACUAUCGACAUAAACCACCCAUCUCGAUCGGAAUGUUUACGUGAAGCAUUUUUAUUCCUGUUAGGCUUUUAAUCCGAUUAAUUGUGUCCAUGUGCACAUAGCUAGUGAUGCAACUUUCUAAGGAUAUUCCACAUUUUGUAGUGGGUUAGAGUGAAAACACAAAAACACACAAAAAAUGUGUCAAUAAACAAAUGUAGAAUACAUUUCUGAAGGAUUAUAUUUCACGUACAAUCUUCAUUUUAGGAAGCGGGGACAGACAUGCUAUUUUUGUUAGUGUUUAAAGUAAGGAGGUUAAUUUACAAAAGUUUCUUUUUUGACACUGAAUUUAUGUAACUGAAAUUUUUGCAUUUGAAUUUUUCAGCACUGCUUUUUUACAUCAAAUUAUGCUGACAAUUUCAUUGAAAAGAAAUUCAGUGUACAAAAAUUAAUUGGUAAAAAAAUGUAUUGUAUAAAAAUUCAGUGUGUAAAACAAAAAUUUAAGAAAAUGCAGUGCUCAAAAAUUCAGUGCGUGUUUAGAAAUUCAGUUUAUGAAAAUUCAGCGUAAAAAAAUUCAGUGUGUAAAACUUCAGUUUGAAAAAAAUUCAGUGCAUGUGUUUAAAAAUUCAGCGUAAAAAAAAAAAUUGUGUAUAAAUUCAAUUUAAAACAAUUUUGUGCUGAAAAAUUCGGUGCGCUUGUUUAAAAAAAAAGUGUAUUAAAAAUAGUGUAUAAAAAUUCAGUGUAAAACUUCAUUUAAAAAAAUUCAGGGCUGAAAAAUUCACUGUAUGUGUUUAAAAAUUCAGCAUAAAAGAAUUGUGUAAAAAUUCAAUAUAAAACAAUUUUUUGCUGAAAUAUUCAGUGUGUGUUUAAAAAAAAUUCAGCGAAAAAAUUAAGUGUGUAAAAAACUCCAGUUUAAAAAAAUUCUGCGCUGAAAAAUUCAGUGCAUGUUUAAAAUUUCAGCGUAAAAGAAUUGCGUGCAAAUUUUAUUUAAAACAAUUUUGUGCUGAAAAAUUCAGUGCGUGUGUUUAAAAAUAAAGUGUAUAAAAAAUUGUGAAUAAAAAUUCAGCGUAAAAAAUUCUGUGUAAAACUAAGAUUGAAAAAAAUGCAGCGCUCAAAAAUUCAGUGUGAGUGUUUAAAAAUUCAGUGUAUGAAAAUCCAGCGUAAAAAAUUAAGUGUGUAAAACUUCAGUUCAAAAAAAUGCAGUGCUGACAAAUUCAGUGUGUGUAAAAAUAGAGUAAAAAAUAUUCCGUGUGUAAAAAUUCAAUUUAAAACAAUUUUUUUUGCUGAAAAAUUCUGUGUGUUUAAAAAUAAAGUAUAUAAAAAUUCAGCGUAAAAUAAUUCAGUGUGUAAAAAUAAAAUACAAAAAAAUGCAGUGCUCAAAAAUUCAGUGUGCGUGUUUAAAAAAUUCAAUGUAUGAAAAUUGAGUGUAAAAAAAUUGUGUAAAAAUUCAGUGCAUAUGUUUAGAAAUUCAGCGUAUUAAGAAUUCCCCGUAAAAAUAAAAAAUUGUGUAAAAGUUCAAUUUCUUGUUGAAAAAUUCAGUGCUUUUGUUUAAAAAUAAAGUGUAUAAAAAUAGUGUAUAAAAAUUCAGCGUAAAAAAUUCUGCAUUAAACUAAGAUUUAAAAAAAUGCAGCGCUCAAAAAUUCAGUGUGAGUGUUUAAAAAUUCAGUGUAUGAAAAUCCAGCGUAAAAAAUUAAGUGUGUAAAACUUCAGUUUAAAAAAAUGCAGUGCUGAAAAAUCCUGUGUAAAAAUUGAGUAAAAAAAAUUCUGUGUGUAAAAAUUCAAUUUAAAACAAUUUCGUGCUGAAAAAUUCUGUGUUAAAAAAAUUAAGUGUAUAAAAAUUCAGCGUAAAAUAAUUCAGUGUGUAUGAAUAAAAUUUUUAAAAAUGCAGUGCUCAAAAAUUCAGUGUGCGUGUCUAAAAAAUUUAAUGUAUGAAAAUUGAGUGUAAAAAAAAUUGUGUAAAAAUUCAGUGCAUAUGUUUAAAAUUCAGCGUAUUAAGAAUUCACCGUAAAAAUAAAAAAUUGUGUAAAAGUUCAAUUUCUUGUUGAAAAAUUCAGUGCUUUUGUUUAAAAAUAAAGUGUAUAAAAAUAGUGUAUAAAAAUUCAGCGUAAAAAAUUCUGUAUUAAACUAAGAUUCAAAAAAAUGCAGCGCUCAAAAAUUCAGUGUGAGUGUUUAAAAAUUCAGUGUAUGAAAAUCCAGCGUAAAAAAUUAAGUGUGUAAAACUUCAGUUUAAAAAAAUGCAGUGCUGAAAAAUCCUGUGUAAAAAUUGAGUAAAAAAAAAUCUGUGUGUAAAAAUUCAAUUUAAAACAAUUUCAUGCUGAAAAAUUCUGUGUUAAAAAAUAAAGUGUAUAAAAAUUCAGCGUAAAAUAAUUCAGUGUGUAUGAAUAAAAUUUUUAAAAAUGCAGUGCUCAAAAAUUCAGUGUGCGUGUCUAAAAAUUUAAUGUAUGAAAAUUGAGUGUAAAAAAAAUGGUGUAAAAAUUCAGUGCAUAUGUUUAAAAUUCAGCGUAUUAAGAAUUCACCGUAAAAAUAAAAAAUUGUGUAAAAGUUCAAUUUCUUGUUGAAAAAUUCAGUGCUUUUGUUUAAAAAUAAAGUGUAUAAAAAUAGUGUAUAAAAAUUCAGCGUAAAAAAUUCUGUAUUAAACUAAGAUUUUUUUAAAAUGCAGCGCUCAAAAAUUCAGUGUGAGUGUUUAAAAAUUCAGUGUAUGAAAAUCCAGCGUAAAAAAUUAAGUGUGUAAAACUUCAGUAUAAAAAAAUGCAGUGCUGAAAAAUCAUGUGUAAAAAUUGAGUAAAAAAAAUUCUGUGUGUAAAAAUUCAAUUUAAAACAAUUUCGUGCUGAAAAAUUCUGUGUGUUAAAAAAAUUAAGUGUAUAAAAAUUCAGCGUAAAAUAAUUCAGUGUGUAUGAAAAAAAUUAAAAAAAAUUCAGUGUGCGUGUCUAAAAAUUUAAUGUAUGAAAAUUGAGUGUAAAAAAAAUUGUGUAAAAAUUCAGUGCAUAUGUUUAAAAAUUCAGCGUAUUAAGAAUUCACCGUAAAAAAAAAAAUUGUGUAAAAGUUCAAUUUCUUGUUGAAAAAUUCAGUGCUUUUGUUUAAAAAUAAAGUGUAUAAAAAUUCAGUGCUGAAAAAGUGGCUCCUUCAAAAAGCAAGACUCACUUCCAGUAAAUUAAGACCGAAGCAAUGGAUCCUGUCUCAGAACCAUCAGGUGCCAAGUUUGAAGUCAUGUGAACAGCAUAAAAAAGUCAGUUAAUUGGGUUACCUGGGCAUAAUAGAACAUCAUUAACACUUCAAUACUGGAUCUUUUCAAACUAUAAAAAUUAUUCUAAUGGUUAAAAUCGGCACUAUACACUGACAUUUUUUUCCAAUGGAUUUUUAAACACACGCAUUUUACUAAAAAAAAUUAUUCAAUGAAAUUGUCAGCAUAAUUUAAUGUAAAUAAAAAUUUUACAAAAUUAAAACGCAAAAAACUCAGUUACAUACAUCCAGUGUCAAAAAAGCUUUUGUAAUAGACACAAAUUAACCUCCAUAUUAAAGUAGUUUAUAAUAAUAUUUUGAAUAUUAUUUAUUAAAUAGGCAAUCAUUUCAAUGUGCAGGUAAAAAAUAUUUUAUCGUUACUUUAUUCUUUACACUAAAGGAACCGUUUGGGUGGAAUGGCCAAACUGUCGUCCCGACUUGCGAGCAGUGACUUCCUGUUCAGUGCGAAGUAAGCCUCAAAUUAAAAAGCAUGGCAUUUUUAUCCUGAAUCUUACCACAUCUACGAACCAAAUGCACCCUUUUAUUUUCUGAUAUUGUCAUCCACUGGAAAGAAAGAUUUGCGCAUGCACGAAAUGUCAACACAAACGGGCUGAUGAAGGAUUAUCUCCCCGUGUAGACGAUAACCCUUUUAUGCAUUUCCUCUGAUGAAAAGCCAUGUGCGUUAUGCAAAAUCCAUAUGUGUGUAUAUAUAUAUAUUGUAAGUACAAGAUGCUGUGACAGACUGACUGUGAUAGAAGAUAUUUUCCUAAAUCAACAUUGUCUCCCCAAAGUAACACUGCCGAGAGUUCUUCCAAGGAUAGACACACAACCUCCCUGUAUCGCACACACGCUGUGGAAAAAUCUAUUUUCCAGGUUCACAAAAAUGGAAAAAAAAAAGCUGAUCCUGUAAGACUUUGUAGAGUAGCAUAUGUUGGAAAGCUACACAGGUCAUGACCGAUACUGCGAGUGCAUGUCUUACACAUCUGAAAAUGAAGCGUAUCGUUUGUGUAUCGCACUGCCUCACUUUGAUACUGCCUGGUACAGAUCUUUAUACAAUCCCAGGGUUUUCCCUACUAAAGGGCACCUGUUAUUACCCGCUACACACGGCAAUAUUAUCUGCUAUAAGGAAUGCAUGAUUCACUUUUUGUAAAUAUAUCUUACACUGUACUGUCUCUUUAAACUCCUCCUUCAAAAAUAAACCUUGUUUUUUGUUA